AUGGUUUCGACGCGCUUCGAAGUUAACAGCACCCCGCCCGUGCGAUAUCCGCGAUCAAUAUUUUUCAUCAUCAGCAACGAGUUCAGCGAGCGGUUCAACUACUAUGGCAUGCGAACCGUGUUGGCCCUUUACCUUACGCAGCGGCUGGCGUACAGCGCGGACACAGCCACCGUGAUCUACCACAUCUUCACCAGCCUGGCGUACUUCUUCCCGAUGAUGGGCGCCAUUCUGGCCGACAGCUGGCUCGGCAAGUUCAAGACCAUCCUCUACCUGUCGAUUGUGUACUGCGCCGGAAGCACGCUGAUCGCCCUCGGUGCCAUCCCCCCACUGAAUCUACCCGCGACCUCGAUGACCGUGCUGGGGCUGCUGUUCAUAGCGGUCGGUUCCGGUGGCAUCAAACCGUGCGUGUCCGCAUUCGGCGGCGAUCAGUUCAAGCUUCCCGAGCAGGCCGCGCAGUUGGCCAAGUUUUUCUCGCUCUUCUACUUCGCCAUCAACGCAGGAUCGCUGAUCUCUACCACGCUGACCCCGAUCCUGCGCGAAGAUGUGCACUGUUUUGGGGAUGCGAACUGUUUCUCGCUGGCCUUCGGUGUACCGGCCGCUCUGAUGAUCCUGUCGAUCGUGAUCUUUGUGUGUGGACGUGCGAUGUACACGAUCAAGAAACCGUCCGGUAACAUGAUCGUGCUGGUGUUCAAGUGCAUCGCCAAUGCGCUGUCGGUGCGGUCGGAGGAGAAGACCUCGGCUAGCAAGCGGGAGCACUGGUUGGACUACGCCGAAGCGAAGUACGGCAAGGGAAUCGUGGGGGACAUUAAGUCGCUGCUGAAAAUUCUCAUCCUCUACAUACCACUGCCCGUCUUCUGGGCGCUGUUCGAUCAGCAAGGAUCCCGGUGGACGUUCCAGGCCACGCGCAUGAACGGAGAGCUGGGCGGUUUCACCAUCAAGCCCGACCAGAUGCAGGUCAUCAAUCCGUUGCUCAUCCUGGCGUUCAUCCCGGUGUUCGAGAGCGUCGUCUACCCGGGGUUGUCAAAGAUUGGUAUCCGUCGGCCACUGCAGAAACUGUCCUUCGGUGGCGUGUUGGCCGGUGCCGCCUUCGUACUGUCCGGCUUCGUUGAGAUCGCUCUCGAUCGUACCAAUGCCGUGUUGCCGGCGCCCCACGAAGCUCAGCUCCGGGUUUUCAACGGACUACCGUGCGAUUAUCGGUUCCACAGUGACAUGCAGAAUCUGACCAGCUUCAGCGUGCCUUCGCGAGGGGUCUUCGAGGCGCUGCACCUCCAGCCAGGAACUAUCGCCUCCAACGUGACAUUUCAGUUUCGGGCCGAAACGGGCGAAAUAGGUUGUGUGCGAGAAAAUGCGAGCGAAGUGAGCGGAGCGUUCCGGUUGCAACCGGGCCAAGCGACCAGCUACUUCCUCGGGUGGAAGGGUGGCCAAAUCGAGGUGCUAGAGUUUGCCGAUACGGCUGAGAAGGACCGGAAUGGAUUGCCCCGGGUUCGGCUGUUGGCGAAUGUGAAAACGGCCAAGUAUGUGGUACUGCGCCACGCCACGAUCGGUGAUAUCAGCUACAACAUUUCGCUCAACCAGCACGACCCGCUGACCGUCAGCGAUGGAGAGUACGGUGUCUAUGUCGGGAAUCGUCAAAUCUCCACUGUGAAGCUAGGCGUCGGAGGCGUCUACACGCUGCUGCUGGACGAAGUUUUGGAGAACGAAUUCAAUCUUCAAAAACACACGAUCACUCCGUCUAACUCCGUCCACAUGCUCUGGCUGGUGCCGCAGUACGUCGUCAUUACUGCCGGGGAGGUGAUGUUCUCGAUUACCGGUCUAGAGUUUUCGUACUCGCAGGCACCGGAAAGCAUGAAAUCGGUCAUUCAGGCAUUCUGGCUGCUCACGGUCGCCAUCGGUAACAUGCUGGUGGUGUUUAUUGCCGAAGCCAAGUUCGUCCAAUCACAGGCACUCGAGUUUUUCCUCUUCGCCGCACUCAUGUUCCUCGACAUGGGACUCUUUAUGGUGCUGGCGAUGCGCUACCGUUACUCGGACCCGCCGGUCGAGUCCAUCGAGGUGGAAGAGAGCGGCAAAAAGGAUCCACUGGACAUGCCACCGUGUGCCAUGCCGGAAAAGCCGGGCACAACGACGUACACCAACGAAGCAUUCCGGGAAGACUGAAUGGGCGACCCGGCGCCCCUAGGAUUGUUGGAGGAAAAUGUUCAGAAAUGAACGCUCCUUUCGGUAUUUCCAUCU